UCUCCUGCUUUCUAUUAUCUAAAAUUGUGUUUUAAUUACAGGGAAAUGGAUGUACCAUCAUCCAGCAACGUCACUGGACGCAGAAAAAGACAAGUUCUAGAUGAUGACGAAGAUGAUGGCUUCAGAUCUACCCCAUUGCGUAAAGUUCGAGGAACUAAAAAAAUUAGGCCAGCGGAUGUGGUGCCAGAAACAAUUAUGACAAAAAUUGGCGCCCAUAUCGACGAUAUUGUGAAUAAGAAAAAAGUUGGAGAGCUCAACUGUUUCGAAUAUAAAUCGCCGCUUGAAAUUCAUACAAUCGAAGAUAUGAUCAAAGCAAAAGCUUCAAUCCAAGAGAUGGCAGUUGUGCUCGAAGGAGCUCAGUGCAUUAUUGGUUAUCGAGUCGAUCGGCUUCACCACGACGUUCGACAAAUUGAUUCAGCUCUCUCGAGUGGAACUGUUAUGCGAGAUUCAAAUGGUGAAGAAAUUCAUUUAACACUGGAAAGCAGAAAAGCUAAAAAGAAAAUGGCUGUUGUUGACGGAAUGAAUGGAAUGCUCGAUUUUCUCAAUAAUAUGGAUGAUGCUCUGACAACCACCGAACUUGACGCAGACAAUGAUAAGAAUUGGAAAGAAGAUGAGGAAAAUAUUGCCGGAGAGCCACGAAUUGAUUUCAAAGCCAAUUCCAAAGAUGUUGACGCAUUUCUUCAAAGAGACAUUUUCCCCGAAAAACUCAUUUAUGCAUUGUCAAUCAAACGAGCAACUGAUCUCAGAGCUGACCUUCUCUCUGAUGUUUCCAAUUACAUAAGUGCUGAUGAUACGGCUCAUGAUCUGAAAGACGCAAAUAUCGAUUGGCUGAGAGCUAACCCGACAUUUCAAAAGGCAACGAAAGGAUCCGUGUGCAAUUCAUCAAACUCGUUCCAUUCUCUUAAUUAUUAUGGAAUUCAUUCUCCCGAUGGACGAACUCUUAUGUUGCAUAAUCGAAUUGCCGAUAAGAAUGCUGAUGAUCGGUUUUUCACGUCCGAUGUGUCUGUCUCACUUGUAAAAAAUACACGAGCUCUCCUCACCAAUUCAUUAGACAAAAAGCCACGAAUUCUCGACAACUACUUGAUGCUCGAAGUCAAAGAUCGCCCAGUUAUUGGGAGAUACAAAAUAAUGUCAAAGGAUGUGAAGAAGUCAACGCUACCAUUGGCGGAAUCGUCUCGUGAGAAAGAUCUCGCCAACUUGACAUUCGCAGAGAUGAAUCAUCGGCCUUCAAAUCUGGAUAUGACGGUGGCAGGAGCAUCGGAUAUGUCAAUGCUUCCAGGAAAUCAAGGAUUACCACUCGCCCAGGGAGAAAACGAUGAGACGAUCGCUCUAGAUAGGCUUACACCUCCUCUUCAGUCGUCUGUGUCACAGAAAGCGAGUGACGAAUAUGUUCUUCCACCUCUUGAAGCUAAUGAUCUCGAUGAGCAUCUCAUUGGAAAACUGCCAAUUGAGCCGAAUGAAAUGGAUCAAACAUUAGCCAACAUGUUUGAUAAGAAGCUGGAAGUGUUCAACACAUCUGAUACACUUGAAUCAAAAGUCUGGAAAAAUGGAAUACGUGCAGAAGAAUGGGGUGAAGAUGAUGAGGCAAUUAUGAAGAAUGACACGAAACAUCCACGUCAGGCUGGAAUCGAAGGUUGGAUUAAGGCAACUGAUGCAUGGACCAACUAUGAUGUUGUAAAAAUGAAUGUAAAUCGAGAAGCUCGUUCUCAAUUGGAUGAAAAUGCGAUUGACGAGCAAGAAUCGUAUAGAAAUAUGGUUCCGGAAAUUGGAAAGAAUUUGUUCUUGGUGAAAUCGGAUGAUUAUAUGAAUAACUAUCCUGGAGAUCGUCCAGCAGACUUCACAGUGAAUGAUGAAGUGUCUGAUGUGAUGAAAAUGUGGUCUGGUGAGGAUAGUACAGCUGAAGAUGAUGUUCCGUUAGAACAAAUUCAACAAGAAAUACGGGAACAAGUGCAACAACAAGAUGUUGAUAUGGAGCCUAUUGAGGAAAUGGAUUACGAUGCCGGCGGUGCUGCUUUUGAUGUAGACUUUGAUGAUCGACUUGCAGCUCCGGUUGAAGUUGAGGAAAUGGAAGGAGAUAAUAAUAGAAAUGAUGGAAGGGUGGCUGAUAUUCUUUUUAAUGAGCAGAUGGAUGAAACUGAAGUAGAAGAACGAAAUGAGCAAGAUGUUCAACGGGAGCUUGAGGACAUUGCACUUGCAGCCGAUGAAGUUGCAGAGUUGAUGACUUCUGCACCACCGCCACAACUUGUUGGACCAUCUGCAGAAAUGCGUGAAGAGAUUCAAAAUAUCGGAAAGAACGACAAUGCUCAUUGGGUUCCACCAGUCGUUGGUGAUCAAGAGAGACAAGCAGCGGUUACAGCACAACGGAAACGGCGAGAAAAGAAAGCGAAGAGCAGAAAAGCCACUGUCGAAGAUUUCGUUCAUUACUUCCGUGACAUUCCUGAUGACGAGAUUGAACGAGAAAUUACUGCUGCAAAAUGCUCUAAAAUUGCUGAUGAGAAGAGCACUUUCCUUUCGGAACAACAGUUAUAUCUUCCAACUUUGGGAAUUGAAAACAAGCCGCAUGUCGCUUUUGAAAUGGGUCUUCUCGGUAACAGCGGGAUGUUCUUCAAGAAAUCAUAUGGGAAAAUACGACUCGAACGUGUCAAAAAUCAAAAGGCUGAGCAAGAUUUGUUCAUUGAUGAAGCCAGAGGAAACAAGGAUUCGGAUUGUCUCAAUUGGCUACUUUCAUUCAGUGGAUUCAGGUGCAUGGAAAAUCCGGAGCCUAUCACUGGCUCUGACUCGGACGAGAAUCUACGAACUGCCGUAGAGCAACCGUUUGAUGACGAUUUUGCCAACGAUUAUUACGACGAAGACAGAUACGAUCCAAACUAUGAACAACAACUCGCUGCUGCACAAAUGGGUCCGGAUAUGCAGAGGAAACUAGCCUUGACCGCAAGUCACAUUAAUCAAAUGUUCCCGAAUAUCCAUUCCAAACGAUACGGUGGUGAAUACGGAGAUUCAGAUGAUGAAUUUGACGAUUCAUUCGAUCGCCAGUCGAUCCAGGCAAAGAAUCUUGACGCCGCCAAGCACAAGAAGUGUCUCGCUGAAAUUCUGAAGACUGAUAGUCUAUCGAUGCCUUCAAUUCAAUAUGUUCUGGAGCAGUUGACAUCUAAUCAGACUCUACGAAUGAAUAAUACAACUAUCCGAGCUGCCGAUGAUCGUAAUGAAACCGGAAGACCUGCAACACCGACAAUGGAGGCCGACAAAACGUUGACGUCAGUGUUUGACUAUAGAUCACCGAACAAAUCGAAUCACGAUGUGAACGAAACGAUGAAGGCACUAACAGAGAUGCCAGAUUAUCAAGCAGCAGAUGAGCGUCCCAAUAAUCAACCAACUACAUCUACAUAUGGAACUGCUAACACUGAAAAUAGAAAAGUGCAUAUAAAUGGAUGCCAUACACUUCUUUCGUUGGCACUUUCAAUGCCUUCCAGAAUGGGAGAGACUGUUAGGCCCUCGUCUAUCGUCAGCUUCCUAUUGCAUAUUGCCAAUGAAAAUAACUUGCAAAUUGUUCAAGAUCGAUCAAAGCGAUCCUGGAUGUCUGAUUUCAUUGUUCUCAAUUCAAGUGAAAGCCUACCACGUGGUCUGAAAAUGGGAAGAAUCGAGGAUCAAGACGAGUUCUGGAAACGAACUCAAGAUCCGGACGCCAUCGAGGGUACGGCUAGCGAUGCGAAUAAUGUGUUCUCGAAUUUGAUGCGACGUCCGAAGGCAGUACCAGUUCGUAAAGGUCGUGGAGCAGGUGGUCAACCUACAACAAGUGAUCUCGGAGCAAUCGUAGAAGAAGAAGAAAUGGAAGAAUAAGCAUACUUUAUUAAAUUUCUCCAUAAAAAAUCAUUUAUUUUCGGUAUCAAAAUUGAAUCUCAGAAUCCACCCAAUUCGAUGUAUUUAUUCAUUUUAUCUCUCAUUUCUCGAAACUCGAAGUUUCUUUAUUUAUUUUUCUCUCUCUGAAUUGAGUACCCCGACACCAAAAAUUUUAAGUUUUCUGUCAAAUCACUCUUUACAAUGAAUAUUCAAUAUGAUAUUCGAGCCAUAAAACUUGUAGAAUUCUAGGGAUACAAAGACCCUUUCUGAUUCUUCCGAAAAAGCAUUCACUGAUUCCAUAAAAAUUACGAAUUCAGAUGUAUAGAAACGGGAUCCGAUGGAUUACCACUAGCACGGCGGCUCUGAAGGGACCCAGAAAUUAUGUGAAUCGAAAAACGGGA